CACACACACACACACACACACACAUAUAUUGGUGUGCACGCGCGCGGCCGGUCAGUCGUCACACACCAGCCGUGCACACACCACGUCUCCGUCCCUCGCCAGUGCCUUGGUGCACCACCACCACCACCACCACCGCCGCCAUGUCGUCCACCACCACCACCAAGACCACCAAGACUCUCAGUGUGGUGAAGAGAGAGUCCUUCUUCGAUGACUCCUUCUUCACGGACCAGUGGGAGGACUUCGACAAGGCUGUGCAGUCCGUCCUUGACAAGUUUGACGACUCUGGACUUCAGGUCGACGUGGCUUCUCGCUCAAAGUGUCGCGAUGUUUACUCCAAGAUUCGCAGCAGCAAGAUCGACGAGGACCUGUAUGCCUCCCAAGCCCUCCAGAUCACUGAGAAGGACGGCAAGUUCCAGGCUGUGAUGGACGUAAAGGACUUCUCUCCCAGUGACCUGCAAGUCCGUGUGGUGGAGGAUCGCGUUGUGGUGGAAGGCAAAUACAUCAAGAAAUCCGAGGACGGGUCAUCGAUGUCCUCUAAGUCUUUCUACAAGGAGUUCACGAUGCCCAACACAGCUGACAUUGACGCUGUGUCCACCGCGCUGUCCAAGGAUGGCGUGUUGACCGUCCGUGCGCCAAAGAGGGAGGGAGGAGCAGCCACGCCCUCCGGAGCACUGUCUACCUCCGUGCAGCAAAGCCAGGCCUCAGUGCAGCAGUCCUCCUCCUCCACCUCCUCCGUCCAGCAGUCAUCCAGCAGUGUCAAGAAGGUCUCCAUGUCGUCCUCCUCCACCUUCUCCUCCACCUCCACCUCCUCCAAUUUCUCCGGCAUGGACUCCUUCGAUGACAUGGCCAAGGAUAUGCAGGAUCGCCUCGUCUUCUCUCAUGACAACGUGAACCUCAAACUUCCCGGCACUCAGUAGAAAACGCCCUAAAAAUUUCCCUAGAUCCCUCAAAAAUGUUUCAAAAGUUCCCUAAAAAUGUCCCUAAUUUUUUUUUUCUCUCCUCUCCCCUCUCCAGUUGUCUUCCUGUUUAAUUAAGUGUUUUAAUACAUGGCUAAUGUGUAUUUUAUUGUGUAUGAAAAUGGGAUGUGUAUACUUAAGUAGGGUUCCCAUGUAUACACACACACACACACACACACACACACACACACACACACAAAGAUCAAAUUACGUACAUACAUACAUACACACAAAUAUCCUUUGUAGAUUCUUACGUACAUAGUUUCUUUAGUUAACACACACACACACACACACACACACACACACACACACACACACACACACACCUCUUCCACUCAUCACCACUUUUUUCCACCCUCACCUCACCACCACCAUCACCACCACACCCACCACCACCACCGCCACCACCGCCACCACCACUCAAAUCUUUCAAAAGACACUAAUCCUUUUAUAGAGAUUCGAAUUCCUUUUAAAGAUAAUCCUAUCCCUUUUAAAGAGUGUUGAUCCUUUAUGAGUGAAAUUAAAGGUUUUUGAAGGGGAUUUAAGGCUUUAGAGAGAGAGAGUAGGGAGGAUUUGCUCAUUUUAUCUACCUAUACUUUUUUAGAAUAUACGAAAGGGGUUAUAAAGUUGCUUUCUACCUGUAUAAUGUUACCUGGACGUAUUAAUUAACUAUAUACCCGUUGGACUUCUAAAAAAUCACCUCUAUUGUUCCCAUUAUUUUUUUUCUUAUUUUAUUUUUCAUUUAUAUUUUAUUCAUAUUUUUCUAUUUAUUUAUUUAUUUAUUUGCUUUUUAAUUAGUAAUAUGAGAAAAAAUUGUUUGGCUAACGUUUUUUUUUUUUGUUUUGUUUUAUGAAGUUGAGUUUUCGUUCAAGAUUCUUAUUCGUCUAAUUGUUAUUGUGAUCAAAAUUCGCCAGUUCAAUUACUUUUAGAAAUCCGAAUAUCUGUUUAACUGUUACAAAACCCGAUCUGUUUAUCCAUUAUAACUAUUACAAAAUUCAAAAUAUCUGUAUCCAUUAUAACUAUCACAAAAUUCACAAUAUCGGUUUAUCCAUUAGUUACAAAACCCAUUACUUGUUGAACUACCACCAUUACAGAAUACAGUUAACUAUUACUAUAACCUACAAAACUACCAGCUUGUUCACCUCACUACUAAGAGAUCACCAAUUCAACUAAAGCUCUGACAAUCACUUUUAACGACAACGCCCAUUACAACUAUUUACCUGUUUAACUAGUACUAUUAAAACUACCUGUAACUA